AUGGCACCUUCAGCAGUUGAAGUUGACGUCCCGUUGGUAACCAAAGGCGUAGUUCGUGAGCCGCUCAAGCUCUCUGGAGCGCUCGACUUGUACGAAUCGUUCGAUGUCACUCCCGUUAUUGGCCGCGAGUUUCCCACUGCCAAGUUGGUGGAAUGGCUCGACGCGCCCAAUUCGGAUGAGCUCCUCAGGGACCUUGCGAUCACCAUCUCGCAACGCGGCGUCGUCUUCUUCCGAGCCCAGGACGACCUGACCAACGAUCUCCAAAAGAAACUGAUUCUGCGACUUGGCGAGCUCACGGGACGGCCUUCCACCUCGGGGCUGCAUAUCCACCCCAUUCUCAACUCGGAGCGAGAGCUGGGAGGUAACGAUCUCGAGAUCAGCACCAUCAGCUCGGUCCAGUCCAAGCAGUUAUAUUCCAAGACGGGCCCAGACACGCUCAGCGACAAGAAGCAGAACAGCGCCCAGUGGCACAGCGAUAUCGCCUUUGAGCCCGUGCCGGCCGACUACACGUCUCUGCGGCUUGUGCAGCUGCCGACCACCGGAGGAGACACUCUCUGGGCGUCGGGCUACGAACUCUACGACCGUAUCAGCGAGCCGUACCAGAAGUUCCUCGAGAACCUUACGGCCACGUUCGAGCAACCAUACUUCCAGAAAGUGGCCGAGUCGUCGGGCUUCCGGCUGUACGACAAGGAGCGCGGCGCCCCCGAGAACGUCGGCGGCGAGCUCAAGGCCGUCCACCCGGUCGUGCGCACCAACCCGGUCACGGGCUGGAAGAGCAUAUUCCCCGUGGGCGGCCACGUCAAGCACAUCAACGGUCUGACCGAGGAGGAGAGUUCCAAGCUACUCGGCUGGUUCCUAGAUCUGGUCUACAAGAACCACGAUCUGCAGGUCCGGUUCAAGUGGAAGAGCUCCAAUGAUAUUGGUAAGUUUUCCCCUUUCUCUCACACACACUUUCCCUCCAUCUGGGACAACCGAUCCGUGUUCCAUACCGCAACCUUUGACUACCUGGACGGUCAGUAUGGUGAGCGGUUCGGAAACCGCGCGGUGGGCCUGGGUGAGCGGCCGUAUCUUGACCCUAACAGCACCUCGAGGAGGGAGGCCUUGAGCAAGGCUUGA